UCAGAAAUCGGUUUGAUUGUAUGAGAAGUCAAACGGAGACUCUGGGAGGAAAAGUUUCGGAGUAUAAAACAGUUUGAAGUGAGUUAGAGGUGUUUGUCACCUGCAGGAUGCUGCCUCGGCGGAUGCUGUGGGGCGCUGUGGCGCGUCAUGUCGCUCCGCGUCUGACCUACAGCACUGCAGCACAGCCGCAGCCAAAAAAGACAACAUUUGGCCCUCUGAGUGACGAAGACCGCAUAUUCACCAACUUAUAUGGCCGUCAUGACUGGAGACUCAAGGGCUCACUGAGACGAGGAGACUGGUAUAAGACUAAGGAGAUCAUACUGAAGGGACAAGAUUGGAUUGUAAAUGAGGUGAAAAUCUCAGGGCUUCGAGGCAGAGGAGGAGCAGGCUUCCCCACAGGCAUGAAGUGGAGCUUCAUGAACAAACCCAGCGAUGGCAGGCCUAAGUACCUGGUGGUGAAUGCUGAUGAGGGGGAGCCUGGGACAUGUAAAGACCGUGAGAUAAUGCGUCACGACCCCCAUAAACUAAUAGAAGGCUGCCUGAUCGCUGGGAGUGCCAUGGGCGCCCGGGCUGCAUACAUAUACAUUAGAGGAGAGUUUUACAAUGAGUCGUCAAAUCUACAGGUGGCUAUCAAUGAGGCAUACAAAGCAGGGCUGAUAGGGAAGAACGCCUGUGGCUCUGGGUUUGACUUUGAUGUGUUUGUGAUGCGAGGGGCAGGAGCCUACAUCUGCGGGGAGGAGACGGCCCUGAUCGAGUCUCUUGAGGGCAAACAAGGGAAACCCAGACUCAAACCGCCAUUCCCUGCAGACAUAGGGGUGUUUGGAUGCCCGACGACAGUUUCCAACGUGGAGACCGUUGCUGUGGCGCCUGCAAUCUGUCGUCGAGGGGGAGCUUGGUUCGUCAGCUUUGGGAGGGAGAGGAACUCUGGGACGAAGCUGUACAACAUCUCCGGUCAUGUGAACACACCAUGCACGGUGGAGGAAGAGAUGUCUAUUCCUCUGAGGGAGCUAAUAGAGAGACACGCAGGAGGAGUGAGGGGCGGCUGGGACAAUCUGUUAGGAGUGAUCCCAGGGGGGUCCUCCACUCCCAUCAUCCCCCGCCAUGUGUGCGACGAUGUUUUGAUGGAUUUCGAUGACCUGGUCCGUGCAGAGACUGCACUGGGAACUGCUGCCGUCAUCGUUAUGGAUAAAUCGACUGAUGUGAUCCGAGCCAUCGCACGUUUGGUUGAGUUCUACAAACAUGAGAGCUGUGGCCAGUGCACCCCCUGCAGAGAGGGAGUCGACUGGAUGGAUAACAUGAUGUGGAGGUUUGUUCGAGGAGAAGCAGCAGCUUCAGAGAUUGACAUGAUCUGGGAGCUAAGCAAGCAGAUAGAGGGACACACCAUCUGUGCCCUGGGGGACGGAGCAGCCUGGCCUGUGCAGGGACUGAUCCGCCACUUCCGGCCGGUCAUGGAGAGCCGCAUAGCUCAGCACAACAAGAAAAACCCUCCAAGAGAGCCAGAGAUUGAGAUGAUCUGAAACUACAGGGGUCCGUUUCAGCAUUCAGUCCUUCACAGCAGUAAUAAUAGUUCAUCGUGCUAUAGGACAGAGUACAUUAUAUUUUUUUAACAGUUUUUAAAUAGGAAUAUGUCUGUACUGAUUUAGAAUGCAACGUUUUACUGCUUAAAAUGACAUUUCUUCCAUGUUAACAUUUCAUGUUUUUCCAUGCAGAUGAGUGGUCCAUUCUUUGUAAUAUAGUUAGUCACUUAUUCCACUGUUUAUUUUGCCAGGCAGAACUGUUGACGGCUAUU